AAGCAAGCAAGGAAGCUCCAGUUAGUGGCGGCGGCAGCGGCAGCAGCAGCAGCAGCGACGCCUAGACUCGCCGCUGUCCUGCCCAGCAUGAGCAGCGGCGGCGGCGGGCGCACCAGCGCCCGUGUGGCUGUGAAGAUGGAGGUGGCCCCUUUCUACGGCGAGGAAGGACUGGAGCUGCUGCCAGACUUCGUGCAGCUGCCGGGCUUCGGCGGAGGGCCCGGCGCGGGGGGACCAACGGUGCUGGAGCCCGCUGAGGAAAGCGGGGCGGACCCACAACACAAGCUGCUCCUCGCCGGGAAGAAACCGCAGCCGCGAGACUUGGUCGGGGCGGCCUCUCCGGGCAGCGCGGUCUUGCCCGCGGCGGGUCCGUUCUCGUCGCUGCGCCCCCGCGGCGCCGCCAGCAGCGCCGUGCACCGCCUUAUUCCGGAGGGGCCCGGCGGCGGCGGCGGCGGCCCAGAGGUGGGCCCGGUCGUCCUGCAGCCUCUCCUGAAGCUGCCGGCGGCCACCGACCUGGAACAACUGCUUAUCCAAGCGGGCAGCCCGGGUCUCGCCGGUCCAGCCAGCCCCACCGGCGGAGGGCCCUCGGUGGCGGCAGGAGUCGCCGGGCCCUUCUUGUACCGCUCCCCGCAGCCCGCAGCCCAGCCACAGGCGGUGACCCAAGAGCAGGAGGGCUUCGCCGACGGCUUCGUGAAAGCUCUGGCUGACUUGCACAAGCAGAACCAGUUGCUUGGGGUGCCACCGGCACCGCUCUCGCCUACCCAGCACCCGGGGGGGCCGUGUUGCCCUCCGCCCAGGCAGGACCCGCCCGCCGUCUACACCACCUUGGGCGGCUUCAACCCGGACAGCCCGUCGGCCGCCGGCACUUUCUUCUCUCCCCAAGCCGUGGCUCGCCUUCCGGCGCCAGGCUCGACGGGCAGGGCUUUGGAGGAGCCGCAGACCGUGCCGGAGGCGCCCGUAGUGUCGGUCCCUCCUGCCCCUCCUCCUGUGCUUUCGUCCGGGGAGUCCCCUCCGCCGCCGUCCUCCUUGUCCCCGCUCGACGCCGAGAGCCAAGAGCGCCUGAAAGCAGAGCGCAAGAGGCUGCGCAACCGCAUCGCGGCCUCCAAGUGCCGCCGGCGCAAGCUGGAGCGCAUUGCCCGCCUGGAGGAAAAAGUCAAGGCGCUCAAAGGCCAGAACGCCGAGCUGGCCACCACCGCCAGCCUCCUACGGGCCCAGGUCACCCAGUUGCAAGGCCGGGUCCGCAGCCAUCUCUCCAGCGGCUGCCACAUCAACACCGCAGCAGCCGCCCCUGCGCAGCAGACUUCGGUGGCGGCUAGCCAGCCACCCGGCAGGGAGGGACCCACAGAGCCGGAGACCAGUGCCUGCUGAAGCCCCUCGAGCCCAGACGGGGAGAGACAGAUGCGCACAGCCUUGCCUUGCAUGGCAGGGAGAGGAUGACCCCUUGGUCAUGGUCUUGAGGAGGGCCAUGCUAGAGCCAUCUACAGUUCCAUACUCUUUGGCUUCUAACCCUGCUAUUCAGUCAUCUGAAAAGUUGUGGGGGGAGAGACAUGGGUGAAGAGGUUCCUCUUCUGCACCCCAUAGGCUGGCCAACUCCUAAUGGGAAGCCACAAGAGAGAUCAAACAGCCAGAGAGAACCUUGGUGUAAUGGGAAGAGGUGUUGGGAGCAGCAAUCUCUGCUCUUCAGGGGACAGAAUGGGACCACAGGAGCUUUACAGCGUGGGAGUGUUGUUUAUUCCAGAAAGCAAUGUUUAAAAAAAGUACCACUCAUCAGUCAACUCAAAAUUGUGAUGGUUUCAAGCAUCUCCAGAAAUCAAUCGGUUUCCUGCCAAUGACCCAAGUAAUGAAAAUGACACUGAAGUGAUCAAUAACCAGAUGGUGGUGGUGUUUUUGUGUUUUUGUUUUUCCAGGAGCCAAAUGCAAAAACUCCCAGGGAAAAGAGUUGCCCCAGUUGAUGUCGUUCUGAUAGUCCCCAGUUACAUGAGGAAGCUGGAGGCUGGAUUUUGCAGCUUGUGACCUUCAAAAAACUUCAGCUUGAAAAUGUGCUCACUUCCCUAGCUUCUCUUACCCUAAACAUACCUAAGAAGAAGAGCUUUGCAGAUCAGAUACAAAACUAUUUGCAUUGUGUUGCUGGAAAUCCAAAGAUCUCUUCAAAGACCCCACCUGAACUUACGGUGUGGUUAGAAGUAAUCUUUGUUGAAGACUUUUUACAUUUUAGAGAUGGUUGAAUUUUAUUUUCUAUUUUUUUGUGGUGGACGGUGAUUAGAGUCAAUCUAUAUAGCUUUUCUGCAAGGAUUACCAGGGAUUGUUAAAAAAAAAACUCCAGUAUUUUUGGCUGCAGGCUUAUUUAUUGCUUUCUAAUAAAGGUUGUAGAUUUUCUAAGAUGGGAUGUUGUUUCUGGUAAGGUGCAUGUAUGUCAUGCGAACAGCCAGGCGUUUCAGUAGAUCAGUAAUAUUUUUAGAGAUAGCAGUCCCUUCAGUUUGCUUAUGGGCAGUUUUGUGAAAUGUUUCUCAAAAAUUUGAGAAAGUUGUAGGCAAUACAGGGGUAAACCAGUUGCGUGUACAGAGAGAAGUUGUUAUUUUCCUGCUACUGCUGUAGGUGUUUUCUACAAUUGCUCAGUGCUUGAGACACACAGUUUAAAUGUUUAGGACAAGAUUGUACAUAGUAUAGAAGAUGUGGCAAUGUAGUUUUUGUUUGUGGUACAACGGAAGGCCUAAAAAUGAUUAGUUGCUGUGAGAAUGUUUCAGUUGUACCUGAAUUUAGGGUUUCUGAUGUGGGAGGCUUUGCCUAUUACAAAUACGCAGUGCUAAAGUAAGCAGAAGAGGGUGUGCCACAUACAAAUAUUUAUUUAAAAAUUAGUGUUUUAAGAAAUGCUUUUCCUCCUAGAUUUAUGAGCCCCAUGUUAUUUCUUGUGCUAGCACAAAUUUGGGGCAUUGGUAGACUUAUUUAUUGAGACUCUUUUCAGUGUCACCUUUUAUUUUUGUAAUAUGCAAGAUGAUAAAUGGUUUUGGAAGAGUAAAUAUCAAAUCCUUCACUGUGUACAUUCCAACUGUGCUUGCUCUCUGUAUGGAGUUAUAGUGACUUUAGUGCUAUACAGAAAAAAGGCAGAGUGAAUUUUCUUAAAAGGUGAAACAAUUCAAUUGUACUGUGUUUUGAAUAACUCAUAGAAAUGUGGAUAUUCAUAUAUUUUUCAGAAGAACUGUGUAUAAGCUAUUUUUGUUGUUGUUUUCAUUGUAAAGUAUUCUCUAAUUCUCAGGGUGGGAGGGGGAAAGGGAAGAAUCCAGUAUUCUUUUAAGGGACUACUUGCUGAGAAAGUCUUUUGCAUUGUAUUUUAAAAUAGGAUCAGAAAAGAACAUGUUGCCUCCAAUUUGUUUUAACUGAGAGUUUUGACAGUUUUAUGGACAAAUUUGUCACAGCGUCUCAUGGAUGAUCUCCCCCCCCCCUUCAUUGUAUAGACUUAGAGCAUAGUAUGGAUGCUUCUCCAGAUGCAGUUUUAUUAAGUCCUGUGAUUUAUUUUUAAUUUAAGGUCUAAAGGUCUGUGCAACAACAAUCCUUGCCUGCAAAUACUGUGUACUGAAACAGCCUAUGGAAGAGUUAAUGGGUUGUAUCCAAUGUUAGUCCUACUUAAAGUAGAUCUAUUGAAAUGAGUGGGACUAACACUGGAGACAACGAUGCACAAUAUAAUUUAUUAAGUAAGUGCUGUCGCAACACUGCUGGACCAAUAAAUUUGAAGCAGAUAAAUGGAGUGUUUUAUACUGUUUCAUUGUUUAUGAGAGAUUAAAUUAUUUUCCAAUAGAAUUGGCCAUCAGGAGCAUUUCUACUUGGAAUCAUAUCACUGCAAACAUCUGAAAGAAUCGAGUGUGGCUUUUCAGGAAUAGUGAAGUAAAACUUGGGGAAACAAAUGUAAUUGCUUUGGUCAGUCCAUCUUGUUUUAAUUGCCGGUACUUCAUUAAUAAUAAUGUCCUUUUUAUCAUUUUCCCUUUGGGGGUGUGAGUUCCUCCCUUGCAUUUUCACAUUUUUCAGUUCUGAGAGUAACCUUCCUUUAGUUUGGGUCAGAAAAAAAAAAAAGAUUUUUUAAAAAAAACAAUUAAAAAUCAUCAUUUUUUAUGGAAGAAAUCCUAUAAAAGAUGUAUUUGAUAUAUCAGCUUUGCUCGUUUUUUCUAUCUGUUCCCAGUUCAUAACACUUUCAUGUGGCAGGGGAAAAAAGUUGUGUGAGCAUAGUUUCAAAUCAAAGUAUAGCAAGGAUGGAUACCUUUAUAGCAGUGCUUAAAUAUGAUUGAUACAAAAUAGGUAAUGAGUUGUACAAAAGGUAUCCCCUUAUCUGGGAUCAGAGCAACUCCUACAUUUAUGCAAAGCUGAAAAUGCCUGAUGGGUCAACAUUUCUUGGUUCUGUUCUAGAUGUCAGAACAGAAGUUGUUCCGGCUUAGAGAAAUCACUGUUGUUCUUCCUACUUAAAUGUACCUAGGAAUCUAUUCAAAAUAGCCGAUAAUAACUGUCACGGUCUCAGAGGUUAGAGCUCAGACAAUUCAUUUUCUUGAUAAUUACAUCGUGAUAGGCAGGGCUGCAUGCUGGGUUAGUUUUGCCAAAAGCCUAUUGUGCUUCUUCAAAUACCUGGAGUGUUUUGGAUUAUUUGCCCUUCUCACAGCCUAUUUUACUAAAGGGUUGUAUCAAAUGUUAGUCCUCCUUGAAAUGAAUGGCACUUAAGUUAGACUAACAUUGGAUGCAACCCAGUAUUGCCAAUAACUUUUCUACCUUUUUCUCCAAUCGUGUUUUCAAAGUAUACUUUACGGAAUUUCUCCUAAUAUAACUAGCCUUGAGCAGAGUUGGUUUCUCUGUCAAAACAUUUUUAAUACGACUCUUUCUGUCGUUUUCUAAAAGUACCACCCAUCCUGCUGGUGUGUUUGCAAUACUGUUUAAAUGUUGCAUCAUUCAUGGUUGAAUACUUUAAUUUCUGGGCAACCAAUUACACUCUUCUUAUUCCCCAGGCUAAUUCAAGUUCAUUCAUUGUUGCUAUUGAUGGUCUCCUCUCACCUGUUCCAAUUCUGGGUAUCUUGUUUAGUGUCUAAUCAAUCAUUCCUUUAAGGGGUGUUUUUCUCAUUUGUAUUCCCCCCUUUCCAGUCCGCUUGUUGGUGUGUAUUUGAACAGCUGUAUCAGAGUUCUUGGGUUUGUUUUCUUAUACUUUGGUUCUUGCACUUCAGAUAAUUUUAAGAACAUGCAUACAGAAAAAAAAUGUCUAAGCUGAAUGGUACUCACCUGCAUUAGCUCUUCAAUAGGUAAAUAUUCCACAGUUUCUAGUGAUGACGAUAGUUCAGGUGAUGCCCAUUGUUGAACUGACUUGAAGCUUUCUGCCAGUGAAAAAGGCUGCCUUUGGGUGAUUUAAAUUCUUAUCUUUAAGUAGUGAGAUGGGUCCAUCAGCAGCUGGUAUUUCCCUGCACUUGUACAGCUCAUUUGAACACUCAGGUAGUAGUGGUUCAUAUGUUUGUGUGGCUAGAAAGGCUAAUUUCUUACUAACUUGUGUUGAUGUGUCACAGCUCCUACCCAAUGCCUCUUUUUAACACACUGAUGGGAUAACUCUGGCUCUUAAUGUUUCCCUCCUUAGGUUUAGGUGUGGACUUAAUCUUCAAACACUUGGGUGGUUGUUGCUGGGUUUUUUUUGGCAGAGGUGGUGGUUCAGUUACGAGACAUUGUUAGCUUGAAAACUUCAACUAACUAAAUGGUGCUGGUGCUUUCCAUUUUUAAACUGUUGCCAUGAAAGGUAAUAGUGUGGUGUUUUUCAUCUGGAAGCACUUGAAAGCAGGCGCUUGGGCAAGAACCAGCCACUUUUUAAAGUCCUGUUGAUUCCAGUCAGAGAGAUCUAAGCAUGUACUUAACUCUGCCAUUAAAAUCAGCGGGAUAUAAAAGUGCUUUUCUUUUUUCAGAACAUCCUCUGGCUUUUUAUAUUGCAGCCGGAAUACAUUUUAAUAACAUUUCUCUGGAGAGGAAGGAUAUAUAAAGCAUGUGAACUUUUCCUUUCUUUUCUUUUGAUAACUUCUUGCAUUCUGCUGCAAAUUGAACCUACCCUGUUAGACACAGCAACACUCAGUGGCUGCAUACUUACAAGUGAUUUCUUUAGUGGGUUCACUUUCGUUGCUGUUGAAUUUUCUUCACUGUUUAGCAAUUAUACCCUAAACAGACACCUGUUUCUUGGAAGCAGAGACAUUUAAUUUGAUCACUAGCCAUAAUUCCAUUGAUUACUAAGGCAAAUGUUUCCAACCUGCCAUUCUGAUGGAGUUCUACAAAUAAUACAGCAAGCCGGCAUUGUUAAUUAAUAAGGAGGAUAUGAAAUAAUUGUAGGUGUAAGAUUCCAUCAUUUCUAUGCAUACUUAAUCCUAGUGAUGCUGAUUUGGCAAAGCUGUAGCCUCUUGUGAAAAGGCAUUUGGAAGCUACAAGGUAGUUCUACUGCUUAUACUGUUGGCCUUGUGCAGCUAGAAGACUUGAGACGGAGGGACGUUUGUACAAGCUUGACAAAAAUUCUUUGUUUUCCAGGCAACUGAUAAAAUGUAUUUGAAUUCUAUUUUAGCCCAUUUUCUAAAUCUUCCGCUCACAUAGUCAAGGUGCAAAACAGAGAACCUGCCAUGCUAGGCAAGGGGGAUAUAUUUAGAUUGAAUCCUAGUUUUCAUUGUUUGUAAAGUUUUAAAUAGAGGAUAAACACUUUUUGUAGUCACUGUUCUGUUACGUAAUAGCUAUUACAGUAGGCUGUCAGCCAUUCUCUAUUUGCCAUGGUAGAUAGUGUUUAAAAUUUAUUUCUGAGGUUUUUUUUUCCAAAACUAGGCCUGCUGAGACUCAAUAAUAGAGAAGAGUGAUAAACUGUGAACUUGCUUAUGUUUUGAAAUGGUCUCUGUGAGCUGCUACCCUGUUUCCCCGAAAAUAAGACAGUGUCUUAUAUUAAUUUUUGCUCCCAAAGAUGCGCUAGGUCUUAUUUUCAGGGGAUGUCUUAUUUUUCCAUGAAGAAGAAUACGGUACACAUUUAUUGUUGAACAAAAAAAAAGGUCUUUUUUUCGGCGGGAUGCCUUAUAUUACAGCGAGAGGCAAAACUGGAAGUAGGUCUUGUUUUCGGGGGAUGUCUUACUUUCGGGGAAACAGGGUAGUAGCCCCCAAAAUGUUAUGUUCUCAUGAGUAAAGCAAUUCUGAAUUAUCAUAUGAUAGUUAUACUAAACUGCUUUGAAGCAAGUCAAGCAAGUGCAAAUGCCUCUGUUUCUGUGAGAAAAGCAUAAAUUUGCCACUUUCCUUUUCUGUUGUGCUUGCCCUUAAGUCCUAUCUUACUUCUUCUAACCCAAUUCUAAGCACAUUUACUCAGAAGUAAGGCUUGCUAGGUUCAGAGGGGUUUAAUGCCAGGUGAGUGUGCGCAAGAUGGCAGCUUUUCAUGACUUGAGCAUGGAGAUAGACCUGAAUUACUCGAAUGUGUUGAACUAUGAAUUGUACAGAUUCUUUAUAAUGAGCAAAUUAGUCUCCAAACACACUUCACAUCCACCUAUCAUUAAAAUAUACAUGUAUGUAUACUGGUAAAAUAUAUUAGUAUGAAGUAAAACAGGGAUAGGGAAUCUGUAGCCCUCCAGGUGUUGAACCAACUCCAAACAUCCCUGACCAUAGGCCAUAUUGGCUGGGUCUGAUCCAACAACAUCUGAGCGGCCACAGGUACCCCAUCCCUAUACUAGAGGAACUGCUGUAGCUGUGUGUGUGGUGGGUAAACAGGGCUUGGACUUGGGUACCUGGGUUCAAAUCUGGGCUCAGUCAUAAUGAAGCUCUCUGAGUGAUCUUGGGUGCGUCACUUUCGCAGCCUAGCCUACCUCGAUAAAAUAUACACUCCUUGAGUGUUUUGGAGGAACGUUAGGCUACAAAUGUGAGAGAGAACUACAUGUAACCCAGCUUAGCUGGUUUCCCCAGGCUAAACUAAAGGAUCAAAGCACAAUGUUCUUGAGAUGCUGAAUCUUUUGGGGAAUUCUGCCAAGUGGGAAUUCUGCCAAGUGGCCUUUCAUAAAAACAAAAAGACUGUUGAAGCAAUACUUAUUCAUGCUAGAUUUUUUUCCCAAGCCCUGUUUACCCACCACUCAGCUACCUGUGGCUGUCCAGGUGUUGUUGCAGAAUGACUUGGUAGCCUUAGAAAAUUUCAUUGAAUUUUCAUUGAAUGUUCGUUGUUAAUCAAGUAGUAGAUAAUUUCAAAUACGUUCUUUGGACUGUAGUUAUUGCAAAAAUAUUUUGAGUUUUUCAUAGCACUUGAGAAGUGUCUUGGCUUCUAUCACUCCGCAUUAUGCACUAUUAAAGUAGGAUUCAUAAGCUUAAUUGUAAUUUAUGGAAAGAAAUCCACAUAAGUUGCUAUAGAUACUGUACGACUAAACUAUUCUUAAACAUCACUUAAGAUUAUAUAUUGGUACCAUAAUUUAAUCUGCCUGAAAUGUUGCCGUACCACAGCUUGUGUGCUGGCAUAGUAACUGGUAUGACUCAUUUUAACAUGUAGGUUUACAGGAAGUUUUAGGAUCAGGCCCAUAGUGGAGGACAAUUUUAUAAAAUUCAGAAGAAUCAAGUGGUAAAGCUUUUUGAGGAUUGUACCACUUCACACUGCAGGUUGGGGGCUGCAUGUCUGAAUAUUCUUUAUGUGGCCGAGAUCCUUCCUGUACCCUAAAAAUCCAACCUAAUUGGUUAGGCCAAGAAUUGUGACUGGCUAGGUUCACCUAGUGACAUGGGACUGGAACCUACCUAAUCCAAGGCUACCCUUACACCACAAUGACUCUUGAAUAUGUAAAAAAACGCUGAUGAUUCUUGCUUAACUUUGCUUUCCCCCUCUAUCCUCCUUCCUUAAUGAUUUGGCUUUUUUCCCCCCAAGACAAGAUUUAGUUACUCUCUUAGGCUUACAUAGCAAUUGCAGCAUAUAAGGUUUUGAACAUCCUCUGUUUUUGGAAGUGUUUCUCUCUGCGUGAAACUCCCCUCCUUUUCUGUUCCCCUACCCAUUUUACCAAAAGGGCAGUAUUGGCAGCGUAUAUUUCAGCAGAGGAAGUGUUCUUUUUAACUUUUCUUGAGAUUUCAGAAUCGUGUUCUGUACGUCCAUCUUGUGGUUAAAAAAUCCUCUUUCGUAAUCUCAGAGGUACAAAACUGGCACUUCACAGCAGUGCAAAGGCGAGAUUCAAAACUUCUUGAAGGGGGAAAUGCACUCGCAUAUGAAAUCAUAGUUGAUGGGUCUCAAAGUUGAGAGGUGAGAGAGACUUCUUGAUACUCAGGUAUGAUCUGUGUGGUUUUUGCUGGGUGAUGAUAUAGGUGGGCUGAGAGGUAUCCAGUUUAAACGAAAGAGGCAACCAUUUGAGAAGUGAAAAAUAUUGUGUGUGAGUUCAGACAUAAUGGGUAGGAUCCAGACUGGAUUGUACUUAGAAUAGUCCUAUUGAUUUCAGUGGGUCUACUUUAAAUAUGACAGAGGCCUAAUCUACAACAAACAGGAUAUUGCACUAUGAAAGCGGUAUAUAAAAGGCAGAAGCCACACGACUGCUUUAUAGCGGUAUUGAAGUGCACUGACAAGUGUUGGGGGCCCAUUGACACAUGCCAUAUACUGCUUUCAUACCACUAUAUCCUGCUUGGUGUGGCUCCUGCCUUUUAUAUAGCACUUUCAUAGUGCAAUAAACUGCUUGGUGUAGAUUAGGCCUAAGUUUGCAUCCAAAUCAGUUAUUAUCUUUCCUUCUAUUUUGCAAACCCUUACCUUCUUAUUUCAGAGAUAUACUCCUUGUGGACUGGGAUUGCUUUCACUAGAUAUGAAGAUCAAGAAAAUGUACACCUGAGGUGGAAAGAGUUUUGCCAUGCACCAAGGUUCAGGUGGUUCCUUGUUCAGUCUUUAUUAGUUGUAUUUUUCAAUUUCUACUAAAGGUGUGUUGUCUUCAAUUACCCUGAUGGUUUUUCAUGAGGGUUUGCAUGACCAGGGAAGGAAAAUAAACCAUCAUAGCUCAUUUUCUUGACCUGUGCAUGCUAGUGGUGCACUGCACCACAUAAUUACCAGAAUUACCCUCACUGGGUGCAAUUUGACAUGUCGUCCGAACCCAGCGAGGGUGAUGGUGGUUGUUACAAACCACCCUACAAACCCUAGAAUAAGCCAUGGGUUCCAGGGCGGUUUGUAAACCUACCGGCCGGCCACCCUUGCCAGGUUCGGAUGACACGACAUACCACACCAGGCGAGGGUAAUGGUGGUAACUAUGCAGCGCAUGACUGGCACACCACAGUGGCAAAAUAAGUUACACUGGCUUAUUUUCCUUCCGCAAUCAUGCAAACCUGGUCAUUGUGUGAAGUGUUGAUAUGUGUAAAGUAUACUCUCAGAUUCUGCCAAUUCAGUACUCAUUGGCUUCGACUAUCUUAUAGUUGCCUGGAAUUUGGCUCACCCUUGGUUUUAGUUUUGAAAAGAGGUGUUGCCGCUCUUAUUUAUUAUUCUAAUCAAGGGAGGGUAAAUUGUUAAGCGUCAUCUUGGCUUGCUCUCUUUUUGAACUGUGUCCCUUCCAGUUAUGUAAUUACUGGUGAUUUUGCAGUUUUUGCCUAAAACCAUGGGAAACCCCCGCACUGAAAUGUAAUCAUGUGAAGUAUUAAAUGUAAAAUGCAAUUAAGAUGAUGCAGUUUUAUUAUUCUAGCAAAAUGUAGAUUAGAGGGUAGGUUCUGUGUCUUUUUACUAGACCAUUCAAUUUCAGAAUUAACAAAGGGUAGAAUGAGACAGAUUUAUAUAUUUUUUACAUAUUAUCUUAAGGUAGAAAAUACUGCAUUCAUAAUAUUGCUGUUAAAUGUUGGGUAUCUCCCAGUAUGAUUGCCUACCCCACCAUAGUUCCAAAUACCAAUGGAUAGUGAGGGAGUAUGGGUUUUUCUAAGAGGUGACACAGAGAUUGCCAUCUCUUUGACUGCCUAGUGGUCAGGACUGUCAUGGCAGUACCUGGCCAAGAUCCCAGAACCAACAGCCAUAUUAAAAUAAGAGUGGUCCUCUUAUGCACCGGUAACUGGUUAAAGAAUAGAAAUCAGUGAAUCAGAAUGAAUUUAUCACAGUGGCGGUGGGGAACAGGGUGUUUUUUCUGAGGGGGAGCAGGGAGGACACACUGGAAAUGUAUCCAGAACAAACCUAGAAGUAGCUCAGGCAGGGCUUUUUUCAUAAACUCAUUAACCGAAAUAACAAAGUUCUCCCAAACCAGGGGUGGAUGACUUAUGGCCCGCAAGAUGUUUUGGCCUACAGCUCCCAUCAGCUCUAGCCAGCAUAGCGAAUGGUGAGGAAUGAUGGGGAUUCUCGGUCAAAACAUUUGGAGGUCAAGUUGCCCACUCAGCAGAGGUACAAUGGCUGUCUAAUAUUGAAGGCUGCUGUACAGCUGGCAUCUGCAAAAAGUCUCCACUUUAGUUAUAAUAACAAGUAAGAAUUUCCAGAAUUAAUCCAUGUCUACUCAGAAGUAGCCAUAGGGCCUUGCUCAUAUAUAAUGACAACCCAUCGCUUUUUCCCCAUGAUCCACAAUCGGCACCUUCAUAGACCACAGAGCAUAAUGUCCAAACCUAGGCUGAUGGGUUGUUUAGGGGCUAAACAAACCAGCAGUUAACCCAUCAACAAACCAUGGUUUAACCACUUGGUUGUUUAACCCCUAGACAAUCCAUCAUUCUCCAUAAACCUACAAAAGAGCUGAUAAUGGUUUGUGUGGUAAAAGCCAAUGGCCCUGUUCAAAAGACACCUUAAACCAUAGCUUUAACCACAGUGAAUAACACAAAAAACCUUAUUCACCGUGGUUAAAGCCAUGGUUUAAGGUGUCUUCUGAACAGGGCCAAUGGGUUUUAAACCAAUGGGUAUUUGUUACCUGUGAACCAGAUCAUUGUGUUUAACGUGACUUCUAGGUAACUGAAGAAGAAUGCAGCCUCACAUGGGUUAACAGCAAAGCUUUCACUUAUGAUUUCUGGCUUGAGAUGUUGGCUUUUUGCAAAUAAUGUGUCUGAAAGAUUUGACUGGAGAUGGAGUAUGACACAUAAAACACCAAGUCUUAAUAAAAAUGCAUCUGGGGCAUGCCCAUUGCAGUUUUUUAAUAUUACUGUCAUAAUGCAUAGAACUAGAAGCUAUUAAAAGUAAUUAUUACUGAUAAAAGUGUUUUGUUUUUUUUUUAAAAAAAGGAUACUUCCACUUGACUAAAUGUACAGUUUAAUUUUGUGUUUGUGACUGUGUGUGAUUGAGGAGGUAAAAUACUAUACCUCUUAAUUGACUAGUGAUUUAAAUCCAUGUUUACAAGAAUACUCCCAAUUUGUCUGCCAAAUUGCAGUCAGUUUUUGUUUUCUUAUGAAUUGAGUUUGUGGAUGACUUUAUACAGUAGAUCUUGAGAUGGUGAUUUCAAUACUGCUGCCAUUGCAAACAGUGGGCCUUUUGUCAAUGACUUCUUGGGUACAGGAUUAGAUUUCCAAAUCUUUGCGCUGAGCACUUAUGACUAAAAGGCCUUGUAUGUGUGUCCAAUAGGGCGCCCCUGUGUGUCAUGGCCAACACGGAUGCUCUCUGGAUUUAUCACUUUGAAACUAGAAUCUUUAAUGGUGACUGAAAUAAACAUUCUUAUGUAGGAGAUAUAGGCGUUCUGGAAUGUAGAACAUUCUCGUGCUGAAAUUGUUUACAUAAAAAAAAAAGAUUACAUUUAUGACUUUGUAAUCUGCAACGUGCAAUUUUGUACAUGUUGUGUUAAAACUAAGUUUAUAAGAUACUGUAUGUAUAAAUACUUGACUGAGUAUUUGAUAUAAAUAUCAGAACAUUAAAAUGGCUUUAUAUUCAUACCAUU